GCUGUCUGGAAAGGGCAGCGCAGCGCAUAUAAAAACGGGGUUCUCGGCUAGUGCGUAAACGUGUAGAACAGUGAUCUGACGAUCAUCGGCGGAUUCUGCGUUCUCACCUACCAAGAGAACAGCAUGGUCCCCGUGCUCGCCUACUGGGACGUGCGAGGCUUCGCCCAAGCCAUCCGCAACCUUCUCGUCUACAAGAGAGUCGAGUUCCAGGACAAGCGCUACCAGCACGGAUCGCCGCCGGAGUACGGCCGCGGUGAAUGGCUCAAGGACAAGUUCACGCUGGGACUAAGGUUUCCCAACUUGCCGUACUACAUCGACGACGACGUGAAGAUCACACAGAGCUUGGCCAUUCUCCGGCACCUCGGAAGGAAGUACGACCUGGACGCCAGAAACGGUCUCGAAGCCACGGAACUGGACGUUCUCGAGCAGCAAGCUCAGGACCUGUGCCUCAUCCUCGCCUACGAGGCAGUUCCAAUGCCCCGGUACAGAGAAGGGCUCAAGUCGUACGCCGAGAACGUCAAGGACAUGCUCGAGCCGUGGGCCAAGCAUCUAGCCGGGCUGAAGUGGGUGCUCGGAGAGAGGCUCACCUACGUGGAUUUCCUGCUGUACGAGGGACUCGACUGGCACCGAGUGUUCAAACCGGACGCUGUGCAGCAAUACCCAGAGAUCGUCGAGUACCUCAAAAGAUUUGAGCGGCUAUCCAAUCUCAAAGAAUACUUCGCUUCGGACGAGUACAAAGAGUGGCCCAUUAUGGGGCCACUGCGGUCGUGGGGUUACAACAAAGGUACCCAGGUUUAAGAGUAAGCAAGUUCCUUUCUUCCCAUUGGCACACUUUUCGAACACUCGUAACCUUCUCCUUCUUGGUACCAACCGCGGUGGCUUAGCGGCUAUGGUGUUGAGCUGCUAAGCUCGCGAGGUCGCGGGAUCAAAUCCCGGCGGCCGCAAUUCGAUAGGGGCGAAGUGCAAAAACGCCCGUGUCCCGUGCAUUGGGGGCACGUUAUAGAUUGAUAUAAAGGUCGAAAUUAAUCCGGAGUCCCCCACUACGGCGUGCCUCACAAUCAAAUUGUGGUUUAGUUUUUCAGCCGAUUAUAUGCUAAUAAAAUGCGCUGAUUGGGGUGACGUAUUUUGCUAACUUAGAGCAUGUUUGGUCACAUUACCUCCAACAAUGGGCACGCGGGUGAUGUCGCGCAUCAAUCCACCAUAUUUCUUCGAUACCCUUGCACGCUUUCUUUCGCACCACACCAUACGGCGCGCGGGCUGCUCAUUCUUAUUGUACUUGGACUUCAUAGGGAACAUCACGGCGACGACGACGAUGAAAUUUUGCCUGGAGUGUCCAUAUAAUUGCUAUCGCAAUAAAGUUGUCCCAAGUAUUCUCAGCAGCUA